AAGAAACAGUCCACGCUGAAAGUUAUUUAUCAAAAUGUGCCUCCGUGUGUUCCCAAUACGGAAAAUAUAUAUCAAAAUAUGCCGAGUUGCAGUAUAAAAGAAACGAAUAAAUGUCAAAAAGCAAUUCAUUCAAGGAAAGCAGCGGUUCGAGAUUUCCAAGAGGUGAAUGUAGAGCCAGAAGAUGAAGAAUAUGCUGAUGAUCUAGAAGAGCUUGAUGAACUCAUCCCGGAACAAACGGAAUAUAUCAACUCAUUAGAUCUUAUAGAUAAACUAGUAAAAAUAAAAGUAUCUGAACUUUUUGAUUACGUAAAGGAUCGGACGGAUGAAGCAUUUAGUUAUGACUUUCAGAGCAUUCCUACCGCUUUCCAGAUGCCUUGUUUAUUUGCACGCAGUCCUGAAAACAAAACGUCAAAUAGAUACAAGGGCAUUAUGCCGUAUGAUCACUCGAGAGUUCAAAUUGAUGGUCAACCAGAUUUUUACAUAAAUGCAUCAUAUAUUGACGGAUACAAAAGGCAGAAAGCGUACAUAGCCUGUUUAGGUCCUACAGCAGCAACACACGAUAACUUUAAGACUUUCUGGAAAAUGGUUUGGCACAAGAAAGUAGAGAUUAUCGUGAUGGUUACAAAUUUGAAUGAACCAUCUGGUAUGAAAUGCGAGCAGUAUUGGCCAGAUGUCAGUCAAGAUGAGGACUAUGGUGAUGUACAUGUUUCCUGCCAAAAUAUACAAAUCUUCGCAGAUUACACAUUAAGAACCUUUAAAGUAAUAAACAAUACAGAAAAGGGUGAUGUUUGCAGACGUUUAGUUCAUCUUCAUUACACCUCGUGGCCGGACAAAAAGACACCAGAGGAUGUUAUAAGUCUUUUGGAGUUCAGACAAAAAUACAGAGAUGUAAAAACGAGCUUAAAUGGUCCUAUCAUCGUACACUGCAGUGCCGGUAUUGGACGUACAGGAGUAUUUAUAGCUGUUGACAGGCUCAUAAUGGAGGGAAAUCGUGAAGGAACUGUAAAUGUCCCUGCAUGUCUCAAUAAAAUGAGAGAACAACGAGUGAAAAUGGUCCAAACUAGCGAACAGUAUAAGUUCAUAUUCAAAGCAUUGGUUUACGCUCUUUGUCUCAACUGUGAGCUGAUACCAAUAGAGAACAUUGAAGAACACGUUAACGAUACUGAUGAAAAUUCGAUGAACAGACAGUAUAAGGAACUAGAAUUUUCCCUAGAAAGAAACGUCAUGGAUGACAUGAAUUCCGAGUCGGAAUAUGAAAACUUGACGGACAAAGGUAGACCUGGAGCAGAUAUACUAGACAACCCAAAUCGAGUGUGUUUGUAUCUCAACAGAGCGUUUAAAGACACGGAUUUUAUCAAUGCUGUCUAUGUUCAUAGCUACAAAUGGAAAGAUCAUUUCAUCAUGGCCCAAUCACCUCUUCCUGCCUCGGUAACUGACUUUGUGACGAUGAUUUAUCAAGAAAACUGUUCCUGUAUAGUGUCAAUGGAUGACAUUAAUGAGUCUGGAACGGUGGUCAACAAGUAUCUUCCUGCAGAAAAUGAGUCAUUAGAAAAAGGUGGUUUCAUAGUUUCGUGUUUUGCCUUCGACACCAAACCACAUUACACUGUUCGAAAAGUGACCAUAAAAAAUAAAGAGAAUUCAAAUGACGAGCGGGAUUAUUAUCAUUUUCAAUACAAGAAAUGGACAGCUGGGAUAGAUGUUCCUGUAAGAGCUGAAGACUUUGUGGAUUUUGUAAAAGAUGUCGAGGAAUAUGCCACACUUAGUAAAGAAAAUGCACAUGUCCUGGUCCAUUGCUUAAACGGCAAUAAACGGAGUGGAAUAUUUUGCGCCGUUGCAAUUAUAAUGGAAAAACUUCUGUAUGAUCAGCAAGUCAGUGUGAUGAAUACUUUAAGACAGUUAAAAAAGAGGAGACCAUAUGCAAUAACUGGAAUGGAGCAGAUGAUGUUUUGCUACCAAGCUGCACGAGCCAUUGUUCAAAUGCACAGAAAGAACUGCAUACGCUAUGAUCAUCUGUUAUAAUCCAAAAUAUGAACAGAGUAAUAACCAACUUUCUAAGUUUCCUAGUCUAUUUGUAUAUCUCAGUU